AUGCUAGCUACGGAGGAUACUCGCUGGGAGCAGGUUCUGCUAACUACCUUUGAAGCAAAGAAGCACUCCAGUUGGAAGGCGUCUGCCAGCACCGUUCCCGCUCCACCUAGUCGUGCUGCUCCUGCAUCUUCAAUCUUGGCCCCUGGUAAUUACAUCCCUGCGCCGUCUACUUCUAACAUGGUUUCAGCAGCAGAUCCGGAAAAUACCCCCACAGGCACGAAGCGUCAGGGCGAACAGCCAAUUGACCAGGUUGUCGACCUACUAUCUCCCGUCUCAUCCAUCACUCUCUUACCUAGUGAAGAUGUCGAUGAAUACGGUAGCCCGAAACGUCGAAAGGGCUUCGCCGUUCGUCAGAAGGCAGGUAGAAACCUUCGCAGCAGCACAUGGCCCAAGGCAUCAGAAGGGGGACAGGGUGAACUCUCGCCUACGGCUAAACCGUGCAAUGAAGAACACACGUCGAUAACCAUGAAAACGGUUGCCACACGCAAAGGCGCGCAGUAA